AUGUCAUUAACUCCAUUAGAAAAAGCAGCUUCUGGUGCAUUAGCAUCAGCUAUUGCAAACACCUUCGUAUAUCCAUUAGAUUUAAGUAAAGUCUUAAUUCAAACUCAAGUUAAAAAGAAGGCGCCUAAGAGAAAAUCUAAAGAUGAAUCCGGAAUCCCCACUCCACCAUCUGAAUCAGAUUUAGAUGAUUCAGUAUAUCAACAAACCAUGACCAAAGAUCAAGAAUUAAAAUAUAAAAACACCAUAGAUGUUUUAAAGAAAAUAUAUGCCAAAAAGGGUGUUUUGGGUUGGUAUCAUGGAUUAUUUACCACUGUUUGGGGAUCAGCAGUACAAAAUUUUGCAUAUUUUUAUUGGUAUUCAUUAGUUAAGAAAGUUUAUGCCAAUUUAUAUAAACAUAUCCCCAAUCAUAAACCUUCAACAUUUAUGGAAUUAUUAUUAGGUGCUGUCGCUGCAGCAAUUUCACAAUUGUUUACCAUGCCAAUUGGGGUGAUUACAACUCAACAACAAACUGAUAAACAUCAUAGAACAUUAUUACAAUUGAUUAAAGAAAUCUUGGCCCAAGAUGGUGUUACUGGUUUAUGGAGAGGAUUAAGAGUUUCCAUGGUUUUAUGUAUAAAUCCUUCAAUUACUUAUGGAUCUUAUGAAAGAUUGAAAUUAUUAUUAUUUGGGACUAAACAAUUCUUAAACCCAUUGGAAAGUUUUUCAAUUGGUGUAUUGGCUAAAUCAAUGGCUACUUUAGCUACUCAACCUUUAAUUGUCUCCAAGGCAAUGUUACAAAAGAAAUCAACUCCAAAACCAAAGAAAGAAGGUGAAGAAGAAGAAGAAGUUGAUGAAGAAGAUAUCAAAUUUGAUCAUUUCACUCAAGCUUUGGCUCAUUUAUGGCAUACUGAGAAAUUCAGAGGGUUAUAUAAAGGUAUUGCACCUCAAUUAUUAAAGGGAGUUUUCGUGCAAGGGUUAUUGUUUAUGUUUAAAGAUCAAAUUGAUAUGUUGUUUUUAUUUUUAUUGGCUUUAAUUAAAGGUAAUAAGGCAGGUUCCAGACGUAAGUUAACUUUAUAG